CUCAUACACACACAAACACAAAAAAUGUACAAUUCUAAUAGUGACCAUAAGCCCAAUUGGGUACGAAAAAGUUGUAUAGGAAGAGGGUCAUUUGGGACAGUUAGUCUCGCGGUUGUUGAUGAAGUUAAGGAUGCUAUGUUCGCCGUGAAAUCCGUCGAUAAAAAGAAGAACACGGAUUUUGUCAAGUGUUUGGAGAGCGAGAUUCGGAUAUUGAAGUCUUUGUCUUGUCCGUACGUUGUUACGUAUUUAGGAGACGAUGAAACGUGUGAGAAAUCGACUGUUUAUCGAAAUUUACACAUGGAGUAUAUGUCUGGUGGUACUGUUGCUGACGUGGCAAAGGAAAUGGAUAUUGAGGAUGUUAGGAGUUAUACACGAUGCAUUACGUCAGCGUUGAGCUAUAUUCAUAGAAAAAACAUUGUUCAUUGUGACGUGAAAGGAAAAAAUGUGUUGAUUGGCAAAGUGCCUGGUGUGGCUAAGCUUGCAGACUUUGGGUCGGCUAUUGAAUUGGGCGGGUCAUGGGAAGGGACACGUGGAAGCCCGUUGUGGAUGGCCCCAGAAGUUAUUAGAGGGGAGUAUCAAGGACCAGAAUCUGAUGUGUGGUCCUUGGGCUGCACAGUCAUUGAGAUGAUUACUGGCAAGCCAGCUUGGCAAGACAGAGGAGCUGACACACUUCGUCAAAUUGGAUAUUCUGACGAUUUACCAAUAUUGGAGCUGGAAAAUUCAGCUCCAAUAUAUAAUGAUUUGAUUGAUUUUGUAUAUAACUGUCUGAAGCGGGAACAAAAUGAGAGGUGGAGCUGUGAUCAACUGCUCCACCACCCAUUUUUGUUAUCAUGCUCAACUCCAUCGCCAACACCGAUCAAAAAAUUUGAAUUCUCACCUAGAUGCGUAUUUGAUUGGUCUGAUUCGAGCUCUUCAAAUGAAUCAACAACGUUCGAGAUUAAUAAUUUGGAUAUAAAUUACUCAAGCUCAAAAGCUAAACAGAGGAUUUGUCAACUGGCUUCAACUUCAGGAGUAAUUUGGGAAUCAGAAGGAUGGGAGGUAGUAAGGCACGUGACAAUUACCGCAACUUUAGAAAAUUUGGAACAGACUGAAACGACGUCGGAAUAUGUUGAUUCUAUCCUAGAGGAAGCAAGUGUAAGUGGGAGGGCAAAUUGGGAAUUUGGAGAAUCUAAUGACUGUUAUAGUAACGAUAAUGAAAGUACAAACAACGAUGCACGUAGUACUAUAGUUGGUUGGAUGUAUAGAUAUAUUGACCAUCUAUAUCGUUGUUACAUGUUUGUGAUUAAUAAAAAAAGUUACUUUUGUUUAAUUUGUAUGUUUGCCCAAAGAUUUUACUCUAUGCCAUGGCUUUACUUCAAUGUCAAGUUUUUUUUCUUUCGAAUUAAGUAUAUUCUUUAUGCAUAUUUUAUGUGGUGA